AUCCAUUAAUAAUUUCUUACUUCAAAAUAAAAUUAAAGUAUUUUAACUAUGUAAAAUAAUUAAAAAAUUCAAAUAAUACAGUAUAUUUAUUUUUAGUUGCAAAAUUGAACUAAUUAAUAAUAAUAAGUGAACUAUAUUAUUAAAUGAAACAUAAUAAAAUAUGUAUAUCAAAUAUUUGGUAUGAUGAAUAGUGUUACAUUGAUCAAACAUCGUUUUAUUCAACGAAGAGGAAAAAGAAACGAAUGCAAGAUAGGGCAAUAAUUAUUGGCUCAAAUUUGUAUCAAAACGGUAAUCGAAACACGCAGCCCAGUACUUUAACAAAACGAUUAAAUGAAACGUAGCGCACCACUGGUCGAGACACGUGUCACAACAUCAUGAGAUGACUUUCCUAUGUGAUAUUCUAAGUGUCUCUCUAAUGAGAGCAAACCUUCUUUUAUAUAGUAAGAUUUGACGAAUUUUGUGUCAUUACUAAAUUCCCGUGCAGCCGAAUGAAUACAUUUGGUUUGGGAAACUUGGGAUCAUUGUUUUUCUGUGAGUGUCAGUCCUUGACCAUGACAUAUUGCUACUCGAAUCUAGAACAUAUGUGUUUUUUAUGACAAGUUGAAGAUAAGCUAGUUUAGGAAGAUCUGCUUAUGGUUAAAAUACUUUCUUAAAAGGUUAUCCGCAUCUUCUAAGCAAUAUUAUAAAUCAUAUAAUUUCUGAUGUUAAUUAAGCUUAAAAGUUAUAAACACUGGAGUUCUUGUGGGCGUAUGCAUUGAUACGGUAAUGUUCCGUGUUUAAACACAAAAUAUAUAAUUAGAAACCAGUUUGAGACAAAGUUACAAAACACUAAUUAUGUAGUGUUUAGGCGUUAGAUGUUAUCAGUCCAAACUUCAAACUUCAAAGUAACAACAGUUCACAGUUUAAGUAAUUAAAACCACUUAUGAUAUGGUCCAUUUCUUUAGCAAAAAACAAAAAGAUAUUGUCCAUUUGUGUUUGAUUAAUUAUUUUAUAAUCACGAGUAAAGUUACUAACCCACCACGAAAAGGCCAUGUGCACGUAUAUACCACGGUCAGUUUACUUAGUUUAGUGAAACAUAAACUAUACAUUAAUUCAGACGCGUCAAGAAAAGAAGUAGACGCGUUGCAUAGAUCAAACGACCAUUUGAAAUCUUAAUUUAGUUUUAUUAAGUGAAACUUUGUCAGCAGCCUCUAAUUCACUACCUUCCAAAAAGAUAAUUAGUUUGGACUCAGAAAGCUCCGAGGUUUAUUGAUAACUUAUUGAUAACCGAGAAACAUACAGGAAUGUGGAUAUAUCAAUACUAUCCAAUAUCCAUUAUUCAUAGGCUACAUGAUAUUUUGUAUGGGUGCAUUCUUUACGAUGAACAUGUCAAAUGCAUAACGCCAUUACCAAGCGUAUAAUUACAUAAACAAAAAGGGUAUCACAUACACAAGAGUUCGUUGUACAAGAAAAAAAUUUAAAUGAAAAUUGUCACGCUGGGCACAAAGCAUAUAAAGCUAAAUUAAGGGGAUCUUCUCCAUAAAAUUAUAACUUUUAAUUAAGAAAAAAAAACUCGUUUAGCUUUAAUCUACGAUAACAGUUACAGCUUACUUUGCAAUUUAAAAUAAUCAGAACAUUAUUCUAACUUUUUCAUCUGUUGUGUAUGCUUUUGUUCAGUUCUAUGUAUUUUCUUUCAAACUAUUUCUAUGCAGUAUUCAAAUCAUAUAGAUUGAUGAAUUCUGUAACACAUAUGUAUGAUGGAUCAUCAUGAUAAUGAUAAUGAUAUAAUCAUGAUAAUGAUAAUGAUAAUGAUAAUACGUCGCUGUCAAUUGUGUGAAAGGGAUAAGCGCAUUAUUCUUUAAUCCACACUGCAUGGUUUGAUGUGAUCCAAUGAUUCUCGAUUUGCUUUUAGGGUCAUGUAAUCUCCAUCUUUGACUCCUUAUAAAAAACAUAAUUAGUUAUAUAAUCAAUGUAUGAUAUCACUGAAUGUAAAAUUAUAAGAAAGUUAAUCAAAAUUGGCAUGACAUCACAGGCCUCACGUCACCGGAGAGCAAAAGAUAAUACAUUCAACCGGAUUCCUAUAACGCGGUAGGACUGGGAGGUCUAUUUGAACUUUGAAGAUGAUUUGUUUAUUUGUUUACUCGGCUGAAUCAUAGCCAUCAGAUAAAUAAUAAAAAUAUAUACAAUAAGAUUAGCUAAACUAGAGUGAGACUUUCACCAAAUUGAUUUCUAUUGUGAUCGAAGAGAGACCAUCUCCAAUCUAUUGUUGUUUUAUCUAUAUAAUAACAAAUAGAGAUAACCAGCCCAAUUCUAUUUCAUUUUUACAGAAAAAAGAAAUAGUAUAUUUUUUACUUUUUACUCUAUAUUUGAAAAUUAUUAUUCUAGAAAAAUAUAUUCGAUAAUAUAUCACAUUUAAAAAGGUAAAAUAGUAAAAUACAUUGAAAUGGUCUAAAUUAUAGAAAGAUUAUAGACCAAUAAUUUACAUCUUAUAGAUACUAAUAAAAAUUAUUUUAGCUAAAUAAACAAAUACUAUUUUCUGCAUUGUAAAAUAACUUUAGCAGUUUUAUAAAUUUGAAAAUUCUAUUAAGAGAAACAGGGUAAAAUAAUAGUAGUUAGUAGUCCUUCUCUUUUCCACCCAACUUCUUAUAGUCUAAGCUUAAAACAAAAGGAGAAAUAAUAAUAAUAAAAUAAAACUUAUCGAAUAAGCACAAUGGUUGGAUUCGUCUCAUCAUUAUAAAUACUAAAACACACAUUUGCACAACACACGAAACUCACAUUUCAAUCAAACUCUCUCAAAAAGAAACAAAACACACAGAGAAUUCUAAAAAAAGGUUCUGAAUUUAAAUGGCUAUGGAAGAGAAACUCGUGAUCAACGAAUUGGAACAAGGGAGAGAGCUUGCCAAACGAUUGAUAAGCAAUCUCAAACACACUUCUUCUGUUGAAUCUAGCAAGAUCAUGAUCUCUGAAAUCCUCCGCAUUUACCAGAAUGCAAUUCUCAUGUUGAGCUUCAAGGAAGACGACAAGAACAUCCUUAAGAGAAGCCGCGAGAUCGAAGAGAAGGAUUCUAAAACCUUGUCUAAGAAGAGAAAAUUAUCGGACAAGAAGACAGAGGAAGUUAGGGUUUUUGUCGGAACAGGUUCGAUUGAUGAUGGUUAUUGCUGGAGAAAAUACGGGCAAAAAGAGAUUCAUGGAUCCUCAAACCCUAGAGGAUACUUCAGAUGCACGCAUCGAUUCACGCAGAAGUGUCCAGCACAAAAGCAAGUCCAGAGAUCCGACAAAGAUCCUUCGAUUUUUGAAGUGAAGUAUGUCGGGAACCACACUUGUAACAACAACAGUACUUCCCCAAAGACGACAGCCACGAGCUUUUCGAUGUUUGGAGAAGGAAACAGAGUUGGUUUGACAGAGCAAACCGAAGACAUUAAUAAACCGACGAAAACCGAGGAAGUGGUGAUAAGUCUUGAAGAUCUUGAGUACAAGAAGGACAUUUUCAAGACGUAUUCUUUCUCCAACGAUGAGAUUGAGAACGUUGGUGGAUGGAAAAGCAACAUUUUCCAGGAAAAUCUGUCUCCUGCAACGACAUCAGGGUCUGGGAUGACCAGCGAGAUUGCUACAGCUGUUGAAGAUUGGGGAACUGUAGAUUCGUAUUUCUCUUCGUUGGACAAUAUUAUCGAUUUGGGACAGGACUUGUGGUCGUGACAUUUGAAUCGGUGGAUGUAAUGUUGUCGUGGUAGUAAUUAUAGAUGGUGGGUGUAAGGUUUAUAUUAGUCUGUGCCGAUGGUUAGAGAUUGGGUUUUAGGAUACUUUGAGUUUUACCCUUUUUGUUUCAAUAGUGUUUUGUGUGAAUUUUCAAAGAGAUUUGACGGUACAUCAUACAUGAUGACACAAUCAAUAAAGAAAUGAUUUUAGCAUUGUAAACUUUAAGAUAUGCUUCAAAUCACACAAUAUCUGAGGUUUCAAAUCAGUGCUUCGUUACAACUUCUGGUAAUAUAAAAUAGGAGCCGAUGAGUUAUGGGCCUUGAGUACAAAAUGAAGCCCAAUAACAAUUUAACAGCCCAAUAACAAUUUAACAGCUCAAUACGGAACAGACUUGAGUCGAUUUCAUCUGAAGAAUCUUGCAGAGAUAGCCGGCGAAGACCACAACAAAGAAAAGUUCAGAGGAAGAAGAAGAAGAAGAUGAUCUACCGAAAGUGGAGUCUGCUUUCCGGUCCACCGGUUAUACUCGGAGGAGCCGUAGUUGCUGCCGUCGCCCUUGGCAUCCUCGUACAGAACGUUACGAAAGGGGAACAAAAGAAGAAUGUCUCGUCAAACAAGUGAAAAGGGAAAAGAUGGGAAGAAAAUGCUACAAAUAAACUGUGUAGUAGUGUGAGUUAUGACAUUUAAAUCAUGCAGUGUAAGCUCAAUAACUAAUGAUUUUGGAAGCUUUUUCAAAUACGCACAUCUCUUUUGGUGUUUUGGAAUCUUAUUCCCAAUAAUAAUAUUUCAUUUUGCGCAUU